AUGAAGCUCUCCCAGCUCGCCUCUCCCGCCUGGGCCCUCUACCUUACCCAAGCUGCCGCGACGCCGCGCCCCAAGUGUGAGAUCGAUGUCGACGUCGCCAUCAUUGGCGGUGGCUCCGCUGGUGUUCACGCGGCGAUCAACCUUAAAGACGCCGGCGUCACCUUUGCCGUCAUUGAGAAGAAGAAUCAGAUCGGAGGCCACGCCGAGACCUACACGGACCCGAAGACGCUAGUUCCCGCCAACGUCGGUGUUGUCGUCUUCGAGAACACAGAGACUGUCGGCAACUACUUCUCCCGCCUCAACGUCUCCACCAUCAAGACCAACCCCUCACCACCGCUGAACGCCUCGGCAGCCGCGGCGCAGCAGGCGGCGUUGCAGGCGGCCGUGCAGGCAUACUCUGCCAACGUCCUGACCAAGUACCCCUGGAUCGACCAGGGGUUUCUCGUGCCUCACCCGGUGCCGGAGGAGCUCACCAUUCCGUUCGGGGAACUCGCGCAGAAGUAUAACUUCACAGCCCUCCUGACCAUCAACGCCCAGUUCAACUGGUAUACCGGUGAUAUCUCGACCAUCCCCGCGCUGUAUGGCAUCAAGAAUCUUGGACCGGGCUUGCUUAACAGCAUCUUUGGGGAGUUCAUCGUGUCUGCCAACGGCGACACCAGAGCCUUGUACAACGCUGCCGCCAAGGAGCUUGGCGACAGCGUCCUUCUCAACGCCACGGUUGUCGAGGUCAAGCGCGACGUCAAGAUCGGCAAGCACACCACCGGCGUCACCGUUCGCGUCCAGCAGCCGAACCAGCCCCCUAAGCUGAUCCGCGCUCGCAAGCUCCUGGUUGCCAUCCCCCCUACCCUUGAAAACGUCGGUGCCUACGACCUCACCGCCGACGAGAAAACCCUCUUCUCUAAGUUCUCCACCGUGGGCUAUUGGGCUGCCGUCGCUACCAUCCCCGGCCUGAACACCAGCCUCACCAACGUUGGCCUCCGGACCCCCUUCAACCAACCCGUUAUCCCCGGCCCCAACGGGUUCAGCUCAUACGGCUCACCCGGCGACUUCCUCGUGUCAGUGGGCUUCGACAGCACCAACUACACCACCGCCGACGCCGAAGCCAUCCUCCGCAAGAACCUUGCGACGCUCGCUGCGGUUGGCGGUGUGCCCAAGAAUGCGGUGGAGACGAUGACUGUCCCGUUCUCCUCGGACCACGGCCCUUUCAACCUGCGCGUCUCGGCCGAGGAGAUCAAGGCCGGGUUCUACAGCAAGUUCCUGGCUCUGGAGAGCAAGCGCAACACUUACUGGGCCGGAGCGGUGUUCACGGGACAUAACAGUGGGCUGGUCUGGAAAUUCAACGAGGGCACCGUCUUGCCUGCCUUGAAGAAGGAUCUUGGCCUGUGA